AUGACAUCUUGGGAACACGAUGCACAAAAGCACGGCCGACAACCGCUGUAUGCAGCCUCAACGCAGACUGGCGGUGGUCUCCCAGUUAUCUCCCCCGAGGACACCACGAAUUGCAAGGUGCUGGAGGUAGCAGGCGAUGGUCAUUGCCCUCUGCACAGCAUCUACAGGCUGCUGCACCCCGAGCGAGAUAGCGUCUUCGGUGCACUAGCAAGCGAGAUAACACAGAUCUGCGAAGAUAUCGCCCUGGAAAUGAUAGCAGCUGUUUUCUCUGAGGACUACAAGCAGCUAGUGGACAACACGGUGUCUGACGAGGAAAUGCUGAGACUUGGCAAGCUCGCCUACGAGAGGGGUUUCUACCGAAAGCGCACCCCCUCCACCGGCCGAGCUGCAAGAGCUGUAAGACGCAAGCCACUGAAGACUGUGCGAGAGGUGGUGGCGGGCAUCGAGGAUCAACUGGAGCACGAUUACUUGGCGGUAGGCGACACCACGGGCUGUUUCGUUGGCGAUCUUUAUCGGGAUGAGUUUCUGCACCUGCAACGUGGCGGAAACAAAUUCAACCACUUUAGCGCCAUCGUGAUCCCACAAGAAUCCGUCCCAUGGGCAAAGCCGUACAUGCUACAACGGGGAUCCUCUGGUCGAUCUGUGCUUGGGCACGAGAAGCCUCCAGACAAUUUUUGCCCGUGCCCAACCACAUCGGACAAGCGUCCGAUGAAACAUCAAGGCUCUCCCGUGCCGAUCGACGUGGAUGACGAGACCGAGACAAGCAGCAGCGUGCGAUCGCGACGUUCUCUUGGAGGUGCCCGGCCCGUCAAAACGGCGUCACCCAGGGAUGUACCGGAGCGGAAGGCGACGCCGCCUGGGAAAGCGGUGACGAAGCCCGCGGUACUUCCUUCCGCCAGCGGCAUGUCGGCAACGACCAGGUCGAAGGAGAAGCCGAUGCCGAAGGAGAAACCACUCGAGCUCUACAGCAGCAAAGCGGAAGAUACUGCGGGGUCGGAGACGCUAGAGGGAGGUGGUGCCGGCGUAGCUCCCUCAAAAAAGCAGCGUGGAAAGCGGGGGCGCCGCAGCACUUGCACUGCAACAUUCGCAAGCGGCCCUAAGCAAGGGGGGCCCUGUGGGGCCGAAGCGAAAUCUCCCUGCGGUAUGUUCUGUAAUGAGCACAGCCGGCAGGGUAGUCGGAGCCGUACGUGCGGUAGGGGUGGAAAAGGGGGUGAUGACGAAGCGGAGUACGAACAGGAGCUUGAGGGGGACGACGACAUGAGUGACGGCGGUAGUGAGGGUGAGUUUCCGGGGGACGCAGUAGACUACGACCAGGAUGUGUUCGUGAGUGGCAAGAGCCCUCAGCAGGUCAAGGCGAUGGUGGACAAGAUACAGGAGGCCUGGGGAAAGGAGGCCCUGGCUUUCAUCUUUGGGUUGGUGCAAAACACCAAGCAACUCGUGCAAGACCGCAACGUAAGGAUGGGCGCAUUUCUUUUUCGGUGA